AUGGCCGUGACCGUGCGAUGGUUGCCGUUGGUGGUGCUGUGGGUAGCGCUGUGGGUGUGCGCUGCCCAAGGACAGCGUGGUGCGGGGCUAGCAGGCGGCGGCGGCGGUUCCUGGUUGGACAAGUUCAACAAACUGCUGAGUCGCUCGAAAGGACGCAACGCCACCGAAGACAACGAGGUGCUCGACUCGAAGGAGUACGACUUCGUGGUGGUAGGCGGUGGCACGGCCGGUAUGGUGCUGGCCAGCCGCCUGUCGGAGAACCCGAGUUGGCGGGUGCUGCUCCUCGAGGCCGGCCAGUACGGGACGAAGCUGUUCAACAUCCCGAUCGGCUUCCAGCUGGCGGUCCUGUCCGACGUCUACAAUUGGCGGCUUCUGAGUGAGAAGCAGCAGCACGCGUGCUUCGGUACGAUCGACGGGCGGUGUCCGGUGGACAUCGGCAAGGGUGUCGGCGGUAGCACGCUGAUCAACGGGCUGAUCUUUUCGCGUGGCAACCGGGACGACUACGACCGGUGGUCGGCGGCCGGCAACGGGGGCUGGUCGUACGCCGAGGUGCUGCCGUACUUCCAGCGGAUGGAGAAAGCGAUCGGGGACGGGAUGAGUCCGGAGUUCCGCUCGACCGCCGGUCCGCUGCGUGUCGAGCGGUCCGCGUUCAAGUCGGAACACUCGGCGCUCUAUCUGGAGGCGGCGAAGGAGGCCGGAUAUCGGCCGGUGGACUACAACGGACAGACCCAGUUCGGUAUUGCGCCGGUGCAGGCCACCAUGAGCAAGGGCCAGCGGCUGACGUCGUACGGGGCGUACCUGCAGCCGGUGCAGAAGAAGCGGACCAACCUGAAGGUCCUCACGGGCGCGCUCGUCACGAAGGUGCUGAUCGACCCGGUCACCAAGGUAGCCGACGGAGUGCAGUUCACGAGAAAAGGGGAACGGUUCGAGGUGCGCGCCCGCAAGGAGGUGAUCUUGUCGGCGGGAGCCAUUCUUACGCCACAGCUCCUGAUGGUGUCCGGGGUGGGACCUCGGGAGCACCUGGAGUCGCUCGAUAUCCCCGUGCUGGAGGAUCUUCCGGUCGGCGAGACGCUCUACGAUCACCUCGGGUUCUCGGGGCUGCAGGUCGUGGUCAACAGUACGAGCCACUUCGCGCCGGGCGACAUUCCGACGUUCGAGAACUUCUACGAGUAUCUGAAGGGCAAGGGCGUGCUGACGGUGCCGGCCGCCGUCGAGCUCGUGACCUACCCGAACCUGACGCUGGCCGGGCGCCGCGGACCCACGCUGGAGCUGAUGAACCUGAUCAGCUCGUUCGCCGUCGACAAGGGUACCACGGCGAAGAAGAGUGUCCGCAUGCGGGACGACAUCUACGAUGCGGUGUACCGGCCGCUGGAGACGCAGAACCACUUCACGAUCAUUGUCCACAAUCUGCAUCCGCUGUCGAAGGGCACGGUGCGGCUGCGUAGCGCCAACCCGGCCAAGGCGCCCGUUGUCGAUCCGAACUAUCUGGCCGAACCGCUGGACGUGGACGUGAUGCUCGAGGGUAUCCGCGAGGUCCAGCGCGUGCUGGAGACGGACGAGAUGCGCCGGCACGGGGCGACCGUGUGGUCGGGGGAGGUGCCGCUACCGAACUGUGCCCAGCACGGGGUGGACUCGGACGACUACUGGCGGUGUGCCGUGCGGACCGUUUCCUUCUCGCUGACCCACUUCACGUCCAGCUGCAAAAUGGGGCCACCGACGGACGGCGACGCGGUCGUUACCCCCGACCUGAAGGUGUACGGCGUGGAGAGAUUGCGCGUCGUCGACGCGAGCAUCAUCCCGGAACCGGUUUCCGCGCACCCGAUGGCGGCCGUCUACAUGAUCGCGGAGAAGGCGGCCGACCUGAUCCGGGCCGAGCACGGUGGCCACGGGUGA